AUGUCGCAACUGAGCUCUGCGCACCAAGGAUCCUCACAUGCGCGAAACUCAAGAACCCGGCCUUCGUUCUCGUCGGCCAGAACGGGUUCCAGUUCCAACACUCUGACGUCAGCAACGGUCGUUGAUACAAACUCUACAGAAGCGUAUGCUGGUGCGACGUUCGAGACUGUGCCAAGCUCCAUUGUGUCUUUCCACCACCCACACUCUUUUCACUCUAACGCUAACAGUGGAAUCGGAAGCCCCGCGACCGCAAGCGAAACGCACACAAGGAGAUCCCAUGAGACUGAUUCUUUGCUUUCGGGCCGGCACUCUUACUCAAGAUCGCAAGAGCCAUCACGUACUCCAAACUUCCGUUACUUCUCAGAAGAGGAGAUCGAGCUAGCUGAGGGAGUUUCCUCGACGCUGGAAAACGCAGACUAUGACAUAAACUGGGACGGAACCCCCACUUACGAGCAGGAGCGACUACGCUAUCACCAUCCCUCUGGUAGGUCCUCGCUCCGUAGUGCUACCGGCUACUCUCUCUCGUCCUUUCACUCGAGGUCUUCUGCACGUUCCUCACGUUCUCAAGGCCGUUACGGCGGGACGUCUAGCAGUCCAGUCAACGCAAAUCAAGGGAGAACACAAGAUAGAGACCAGCUGACGGGCACUUCUCCUCACUCGUCUUCCAGCUCUUCCAGAUACAGUUAUAGAGAUAGAAUUCCCGCAGGGAUUGAAGAUGAGAUUGGUCAGAUGUCCAUGCACAGCGAGCGCUCCUCUGAAAGUGACGAAAGUGAAAGGAGAUUCUUGGAUGAUGAAGACCGAACUUCGUCUCAAGAUCAAGCGUCAGAGGCAAAGAAGAAAACUUCUUCGUAUCGCGCUGAAUACCUCAAGCCUGAGUACCACGACAAAUUCUUCCCUCAGAACGUUCCCCACCUGCAUUUCCAGCGUUUUUACAUCGCGGAGGAAGACCUUGUUGUCGGAAUUGCUGGCUUCAAAACUUCAAAGUUCGGCAAAUUUUGUUACUACUUCCUUUCAGUUAUUACACUCGGGCUUUUCUAUCUUUUGCUUAGAUGGGUUCCUCGCUACAAAGUCAGACUUUGCGGAACAAAGACCUACUUGGCCAAGUCUGAAUGGGUCGUUCUGGAGAACGAAUUUGGGGAACUUUCUAUCGUUGAUGUCAACCGUAGGUGGUACAACCGCCCUUUGAGCACUUUAUUACCUACCGAUAAGAAAGGCGAAGCUUUGGGUGAGAACUUCAACCACCACCAGCGCCACCAUCAUGAAAGUCGCGAAAAUCCUAACAUACCCAUUAUGAUUUACUUUUCCUACCGUUACUUUAACCUGAUCUACACGCCAAUCGAAGAUCUUUUCAAAACAAACAGCAAUUGGACCGACGCAGAUUGGCUUAGCUUGGAAUCUGCACACGAGGGGCUUACUACGUCCAUAGUCGAAGACAGAGUACUUGCCUUCGGUAAAAACAGCAUUAACUUAAAGCAAAAGAGCACAGCAGAAAUCCUGUUUGACGAAGUAUUACAUCCAUUUUACAUUUUCCAAAUCUUUUCCAUCUUACUAUGGCUUGCGGAUGACUAUUACUAUUAUGCGGCUUGUAUCUUUAUUAUAUCCAUGCUGUCAAUAACAGACACUCUUUUGGAGACAAAAAAGACGUCGCAAAGGCUCGCGGAGGUUUCUCAUUCUCAUUGCGAAGUUAGGGUCUACCGAGACGGUUUCUGGGUCCAGAUUGGAUCUUCGGACCUUGUACCAGGAGAUAUUUAUGAGGUUUCUGACCCAUCGCUAACUUCUUUUCCAUGCGAUUCGCUGUUACUUUCGGGCGAUUGUAUUGUCAAUGAGUCAAUGCUGACUGGUGAAUCUGUGCCCGUUACAAAAAUAGCUGCUGCGGAAGAUACAAUAUAUCAGUUAUUGGAAGAUUUUCAGAACACGCAAAUAUCCAACUACCUUGCCAAAUCAUUUUUGUUUAACGGCACGAAAAUCAUUAGGGUCCGUAUAAGCCCAGGGCAAUCCACUGCUCUUGCUAUGGUUGUGCGGACGGGGUUCUCGACCACUAAGGGCUCUUUGCUGAGGUCCAUGGUUUUCCCUAAGCCUACUGGCUUCAAGUUCUAUGAGGAUUCUUUCAAGUACAUUGGUUUUAUGACUCUCAUUGCUCUGGCUGGAUUUUCUAUUAGUUGUGUCAACUUCAUUAGACUAGGGCUUGAUUACAAGGUUAUGAUUUUGAGGGCGCUUGAUAUCAUAACCAUCGUAGUCCCACCAGCACUACCUGCAACACUAUCAAUUGGUGCUAGUUUUGCAAUGGCUAGAUUAAAGUCGAAGAGCAUUUUCUGCAUCGCGCCAACUCGCGUCAACGUUAGUGGGAAAAUCGAUGUUAUGUGUUUUGACAAGACCGGAACGCUUACCGAAGAUGGCUUGGAUGUAUUAGGCGUUCAUGUCGCAGAGCCUCGGGGCCAUCAAAACCACCGAUUUGGAGAGCUGGUUAAUAAUAUCAGUGGCUUAUUCAGUAAGUUUUCGCUGAACGACUGUAGCUCUCCUUUGGACUUCAAAUCUAGAAAUCUGUUAGCAUGCUUGCUAACAUGCCAUUCCUUACGUGUGGUUGAUGGAGAGCUACUAGGUGACCCUCUGGACUUCAAAAUGUUUCAAUUCACCAAAUGGUCGUACGAGGAGGACUUUCAAGACUUCAAGUUCCACUCAUUGAAUGAAGAACGUAACGAUAAAAGCACCCUUCCCGAAAACGCAGGUAUUGCGCCAGCUGUUGUGCAUCCAAACUCGGAAAGUAUGGAUAAUAAAUUCACCGAAAACAAUCCACACAACUUACUUGGGGUUGUCCGCAGCUUUGAGUUCAUAUCGCAGCUAAGAAGAAUGAGCGUCAUUGUUAAGCCUUAUGGAGAAAACGUAUUUUGGAGCUUUACCAAAGGCGCACCUGAAGUUAUUUCUGAAAUCUGUAACAAGGCGACUCUCCCAGCUGAUUACGAGGAGCUUUUGCAACACUACACACACAGUGGGUAUAGAGUUAUAGCAUGUGCUGGUAAGACGCUACCAAAAAGAACUUGGAGGUAUGCACAAAAAAUCUCGAGAGAAGAAUUAGAAUCAAACCUGGAGUUUCUCGGGUUUAUUGUUUUCGAAAACAAGCUUAAGGCUUCAACUACACCUACACUAACAUCUUUGAGAGAUGCUGGAAUAAGGACUGUUAUGUGCACAGGCGACAAUGUUCUUACAGCAAUAUCAGUUGGAAGAGAGUGCAAAUUGGUCACCGAAAAACACGUUUUUGUUCCACAGGUAAACGACAACAUGGAUCCAAAUGAAGACUUGAUACUGUGGCGCGAUGUUGAUAACCCAGAUCUUCUGUUGGAUGGAGUGACUUUGAAGCCUAUGAACGGGAGCUUGGACUACACGAUAGCUGUUACUGGCGACGUGUUCAGGCUGCUAUUCAAGAAUAAUGAGAUUUUACCCGAAUCUUACAUCAACGAGAUUUUACUUAACAGUUCGAUUUAUGCUAGAAUGUCACCCGAUGAAAAACAUGAAUUGGUUGGUCAAUUGCAAAGUUUAGACUACGUUGUUGGGUUCUGUGGUGAUGGUGCUAACGAUUGUGGGGCUUUGAAGGCCGCGGACGUCGGCGUUUCGCUAUCAGAAGCUGAGGCUUCGGUAGCUGCACCAUUCACAUCCGGGGUGUUUGAAAUUAGCUGCAUUUUGGAUGUUAUCAAGGAAGGCCGUGCCUCUCUUACGACCUCGUUUUCCUGUUUCCAGUACAUGAGUCUUUACUCCGCUAUUCAAUUUGUGACGGUUACGAUCUUGUACAGUCGAGGCACGAAUCUUGGUGACUUUCAGUUUCUCUACAUUGACUUGUUCCUGAUUGUCCCAAUUGCAAUUUUCAUGUCUUGGUCCAAACCUUACCACAAGCUUGUUAAGAAGAGGCCCUCGGCCAACUUGGUUUCCCCAAAAAUUCUUGUCCCAUUGAUUGUGAGUAUCUCGGUUAUUUUAGCGUUCCAGCUGAUACCAUGGAUCAUUGUUCAAAGUGCCGAGUGGUAUAAAAGCCCUGUUGUGGGAGGCGACGACGCUGUCCAGUCUUCAGAUAACACAGUGCUCUUCUUCUUCUCAAACUUCCAGUAUGUGUUAACCGCCAUUGUGCUCUCAGUGGGGCCACCAUACCGUGAACCUAUGUCCAAAAACAUUGGAUUUAUAACAGAUGUUACUAUCUCUCUGCUUCUGAAUGUGGUGCUAAUGCUAAUUCCAGCAGAUUCGGCACUUGGUAAGGUCUUCCAGCUCACUAGCAUUUCAAAAAGCUUCAGGUUCCUCUUGCUCGCUUUGGCGGUGGCGAACUACUUUGCACUACGGUAUAUUCCCCAGAUGUGCAAGGGGGCUUUCAAAAAGAAGCAGAGCAGCAAGAAGUACAAGAAGCUUCUAAAGAGCGAGUCGAGCGCUCACGUAGUUUGA